ACGAGCACGUCCGCCGCGACCUGGACCCCGGCGAGGUGUGGGAGGUGGUGGGCGAGCUGGGAGACGGAGCCUUCGGCAAAGUCUACAAGGCCAAGAACAAGGAGACGGGCGCUUUGGCAGCUGCCAAGGUCAUCGAGACCAAGAGCGAGGAUGAGCUGGAGGAUUACAUGGUGGAGAUUGAGAUCCUGGCCACCUGUGACCACCCCCACAUUGUCAAACUGCUGGGAGCCUUCUACUGGGAUGGCAAACUCUGGAUCAUGAUCGAGUUCUGCCCUGGCGGGGCCGUGGAUGCCACGAUGCUGGAGCUGGACCGGGGCCUGACUGAGCCUCAGAUCCAGGUGAUUUGCCGCCAGAUGUUGGAAGCUCUCCACUACCUGCACAGCAAAAGGAUCAUCCACAGGGACCUGAAGGCUGGGAACGUGCUCCUCACCCAGGAUGGGGACAUCAAGCUCGCUGACUUUGGAGUGUCUGCCAAGAACAUGAAAACCUUGCAGAAGCGAGAUUCCUUCAUUGGGACCCCUUACUGGAUGGCCCCGGAGGUGGUGAUGUGUGAGACCAUGAAGGACACUCCCUACGACUACAAGGCUGACAUCUGGUCCCUGGGGAUCACCCUGAUCGAGAUGGCCCAGAUUGAGCCACCCCACCAUGAGCUGAACCCCAUGAGGGUCCUGCUGAAGAUCGCCAAGUCCGAGCCGCCCACGCUCAGCUGCCCUUCCAAAUGGUCCCUGGAGUUCAGAGAUUUCCUGAAGAAGGCGCUGGACAAGAACCCGGAGACGCGGCCCAGCGCUGCCCAGCUGCUGGAGCAUCCCUUUGUCAGCAAGGUCACCAGCAACAGGGCCCUACGGGAGCUGGUGGCCGAGGCCAAGGCUGAGGUGAUGGAGGAGAUCGAGGAGAGUCGGGAUGAAGCAGAGGAGGAUGAUUCCUUGGAUUCUGCCUCGCCCCCUGGGAAUCACAAGCGGGACCCCUCCGAGGUGAGCCAGCUGAGCUUUGAUGGGGAGAAACCUCCGGACUUGCCCAAAGCUGGGAACGGCUCCGUGGGGACCGGCAAGGACCCCACAGAGGCCCAGAGCCACAAAGUCUCGGAUAAAAGGAUGAGCAGUGACAAUGACAAACUGGAGAGCAACCACUCCUCGAAACCCGGCUCGGCCUCCUCGGGCACCCAGGACAAGCCGGACAUCAUCCUGCAGCCAGGACAUUUGGGUAACUCAACGGAGGGGAACAAGGAGCCAAGGCUGGGCAAGGAGGAGAGGAAGAGCCUUGAGGAGAGGAAGAGCACUGGGGAGAGGAAGAGCAUCGGGGAGAGGAAGAGCAUCGUGGAGCGACCAGAGAGUGUUCUCCUGGAGAACUUGAGCGAGGAGAAGCUGGCCAAUGGCAGCCUGGAGCCCCUGGGGCCGUUCCCUGGCAGCCGCUCCAAAAGGGACUCGGAUUCGGGCAGCACUUCGGCCUCCGAGAGCAUGGACCUCACCAUCUCCUUGUCUGCUGACCUGUCCCUCAACAGGGAGAGCGGCUCCAUCUCCCUCAAGGACUCCCAGAUGCACAAGAAGACCCUGAAACGCACGCGCAAGUUCGUGGUGGAUGGGGUGGAGGUGAGCGUCACCACCUCCAAGAUCAUCAGCGAGGACGAGAAGAAGGAUGAAGAAAUGAGGUUUCUCAGGCGCCAGGAGCUGCGGGAGCUGCGUCUCCUGCAGAAGGAGGAGCACAGGAACCAGGCCCAGCUGAACAGCAAACACCAGCUGCAGCUGGAGCAGAUGCUGCGGCGCUUCGAGCAGGAGAUGAUGGCAAAGAAGAAGUUCUAUGACACGGAGCUGGAGAACCUGGAGAGGCAGCAGAAGCAGCAGAUCGAGAGGAUGGAGCAGGAUCAUUCCCUGCGCCGGCGCGAGGAGGCCAAGCGCAUCCGUCUGGAGCAGGAGCGCGACCACGCCCGCUUCCUGGAGCAGCUCAAGCUGAUGAAGAAGGAGGUCAAGAACGAGGUUGAGAAGCUGCCACGGCAACAGCGCAAGGGGAACCUGAAGGCGAAGAUGGACGACUUCACGCAGAAAAAACAAACCAUGGAACAGGAGUUUCUGGCCAAGCAGAAGGAGGACCUGGAGCAGGCCAUGAAGAACAUCACAGCCCAGAACAAAAGAGAGAUCUGCGACAAGGAGCGCGAGUGCCUCAACAAGAAGCAGCAGCUGAUGAGAGACCGGGAAGCUUGCAUCUGGGACCUGGAAGAGCGUCAGCAGCAGGAGAAGCACCAGCUCGUCAAGCAGCAGCUGAAGGACCAGUAUUUCCUCCAGAGGCACGAGCUGCUUCGGAAGCAUGAGAAGGAAAGGGAGCAGAUGCAGCGCUACAACCAGCGCAUGCUGGAGCAGCUGAAGGUCCGGCAGCAGCAGGAGAGGGCCCGGCUGCCCAAAAUCCAGCGCAGCGAGGGCAAGACGCGCAUGGCCAUGUACAAGAAGAGCCUCCACAUCCACUCCAGCGGCAGCGCCGCCGAGCAGAGGGAGAAGAUCAAACAGUUUGCUCUGCAGGAGGAGAAGAGGCAGAAAGCAGAGCGGCUGCACCAGCAGCAGAAGCACGAGUCGCAGAUGAAGGACAUGCAGGCCCAGUGUGAGAGCAACACCAACGAGCUCCAGCAUCUCCAGAAUGAGAAGUGUCACCUCCUGAUCGAGCACGAAACCCAGAAGCUGAAGUCUCUGGAUGAGAACCACAACCAGCACAUGAAGGAGUGGCGGGAAAAGCUGAGACCACGGAAGAAGGCCCUGGAGGAUGAGCUGAACCAGAAGAAGCGUGAGCAGGAGAUGUUCUUCAAGCUGAGCGAGGAGGCCGAUGGACAGAUGCCUGUGUCCCCGACCAAACACGCCAAGUUUGUCCCCUUCAGCUCCUCAGAGAGCUUGUAACACCUGGCAGGCCACCAGCUGGUACUGGCCAUGUCCUCCUGGGCUGCAGGGGACAGCCUGGACUCGGAAAGCCCUCUCAGCAGCCCCUCCUCACCACAGCACCCUCCUGCCCCUCGCUCUGCCUGGGAUAAACGUGGCCUCUGCGCUGAGGGAUGCUGACUGGAACUUGGGGUGGCUUUCCCAGGAGCUCUGGGCUGGGAAUUGGGGCAGGACCCUCUGGAUUGUACUUGCACUGUUGGCUGGAUGCUUCCUGGGUGAGCCUGGUGCUCGCUGGGUUUGUCAGCUCAGGCUGGAGCAGGGACCACUCUGAUCAGGAGAGGCAGCCCCUCAGGGCAGGGCUGUCACCUCCCUCUCCACCGUGGCUGCUCCUGUCCCAGUCCUCUGUAAGGCCUGGCCUGGGCCAGAGCAGCUCUGGCAUUGUCUUAAACUCACCUUGGCCUUAGACUUACUCCUCUCCACUGUGGUGCUUUUUUUUGCCACAGAGACACAGAGAUUUGGGGGUUUUUGCCUAGGGAGGGCUGGGUUUUUUCUUUCCUCCUCCUCCCCACACAGACUGUGCAGAAAGGAGCUGGAUGUCCUCCCAAAGAUGCUUCUGCUCUUCCUUUGCUGUGGCCACUGGCAGCACAGCCCUGCUGGCACUGAGCUAACCCUCUGCUAUCAGGGGCUGGGUUCUGGGGUGAUUAAACUGCCCAGCUUUGGUUCUUGAGGAAGUGGAAGUGCAGAGGGAGAGGUUGGGGCCAGUGCUCAGUCCUGAGGUGACACAGGUGAGGUGUCUGUCACUGUCACCUGCCUUUGGGCUGAAGGCUGUCACUGCCAGAGCUCUCAUCAUCAUCACACAGGUGCUUGAGGCUGGUUUUUAAGUCCUUUCUGCAUGGGGCCAUGUGGGUGAGCCAGCCUGGCCAGCGAGUUAUGGCUGCAGAGCAUCGUUAGGGAGGAGCAAAGUGGAACAAGGGAGAUGCAAAGGGGGCUUGUUGCUCCCAGCACCUCCUUGCCCACUGAUGUCCUAUCUCCUUGUGACGUGCCACAGCUUUUGGGAUGGUUCUCCUGGCUGGGAGUUGUGGGCAGAGGGCAGAGCAGGUCCUCUGUCCUUUCUGUCCCCUGCACAAGGCAGGGCUUGGCUGAGCUGCUGUGUGGGACUGGGAGCACAGAGCUGGGGAGGGGGUCAGGGACCUCACUGGCAGCACCUUCUUCUUUACACAACCCAAAGGUGUAAGGCAGCACUUAAGUCUUUCUCUGGACAACAUUGUUUGUUUUAGACCUGUUUCUUUAGCAAGAAAAAAUAUUUCUGCUUUAAAAAAAACCAAAACAUAUAUAUAUAUAUGAAAAACAAGUUGUUAUUUUCAAGCCCCCUCUGUUGAUUUACUGGGAUUUCAGGGAAAGGUGGUAUGUCAUGUGCCUCACUUCCAGGUACUGGGCUGAAGCAGGCAGCCCCCAGAUCUUGAAUUCUGUGUCUGGGGAGUGCAUUUCCUACUCUUUUAGAGCUCCUAAUCCAUAUUUAUAAGCUGCCUGCAAGCCAGCAAGACUCUUUGGGCCAUUCCAGGUUACCUCUGGUUUCACAGCAGUGCUGUCUCUGUUAAUAAACAUAGGAAGGGUUCCUGCCCCGUCUCCAGAAGUGUGGAUUGUGCCUUUCAGAUGUGAUAACACCAGGCUGGGAACUGCUGUAAGGUUAAUGGAUGCAGAGGGAUGUUCCUAAAUGGGACAAGGGGGCUGCUUGGAGACUUGCAAUCAUGUUAGGAGUGUGUUACAGCAGCCCCAGCGAUUCUGGUGCUGGUUCUGGUGCUGGUUCUGGUGCUGCUGGGGUCAGGCUGGAGCUGUUGUGUGCAAGGGCUGUGUCACAGAGCCCAGUGCCUGUCCUGCAGCACGCUGUCACCUCCUUCAGCUGAAGGGCAUUGCUGCCUUCUCCACCAGCCCAGGGAGCAUCAUCCCUCUCUGGACAUCCUGCAGCCACCAGCAAUGAUUAUUUCUGGGGGUUCUCACAGCUGAUGCAAUGCCCCUGUGGUAAAUCAGUUAUCCCUUCCUCCAGUCCAGCUGAGUUUCAGCUUGGAGAGAGCAACACAGAGGUAGGAAUGGUUCUGUCCACUCGUUUUCAUGUUUUGUGUUCUCUCCCUGGGUGUGCCAGGCUCCAGCACCGUGUCCCUCGCCUGGGAGGGGGGCACAUCAUCUGACUGUCAUGUUUACAGCGUGGGUAUCAUCUUCCCUCCUUUCAAAAGAGGAUUUUUUUUUGUUGUUCCCUGUUCAGAAGGAACCACAAUUAAACCCAGCUUGCUUUUCGGGGGAGGAUGGGACACAAUUUUAAAAAUGGCUUUGAAUAUAAAGGGUUUUUAAAAUAUUUUGUAAAAUAUCUUCAGUGGGGCCACCACCAUGAUGUAAAGACCUCUCCAAUAAAGUUAACAGACUGAGAAA